CAGUGUUUGUGGGACUGGAGAGCCAGAGAGCCUGUGCCAGGCUGGAGGAGGCUUAUCUUUCCAAGGCUGGAGAGGAUCUCACGGGGGUUCGCCUGCCCCGGCCUGGGAAGAAUUUCCCCUCUGGUAGCGGCAGCAGCGGCCACAGCAGCAGCAGAAGCAGCAGCAGCUGCUGCAGCUGCAGCAAGAGCCGCGGCAGCAGCCCUACCUCCUCUGCUGGGGAAGGGGGCAGAAUGCCUGUGCUAGAGCGGUAUUUCCACUCCGCAGAGCUAGGCAGGAGGUGGCCGGCCCCAGAAGGUGUGCUGCCCUCCUCUCCGGGCAGCCGGCGGGAGUACCAGCAGGGGCCGCUGCCCUGGGACUUACCAGAGAUGAUCAGGAUGGUAAAGCUGGUUUGGAAGUCCAAAAGUGAGCUUCAGGCAACCAAACAGAGGGGCAUUCUGGAAAAUGAAGAUGCUCUCCACAGCUUUCCAGGAGAUGUACGACUAAGGGGUCAGACGGGGGUUCCUGCUGAACGCCGAGGCUCCUAUCCAUUCAUUGACUUCCGUCUACUUAACAAUACAACACACUCAGGGGAAAUCGGCACCAAGAAAAAGGUGAAAAGACUGUUAAGUUUCCAAAGAUACUUCCAUGCCUCACGGCUGCUACGUGGCAUUAUACCACAAGCCCCUCUCCACCUGCUGGAUGAAGAUUACCUUGGACAGGCCAGGCAUAUGCUCUCCAAAGUGGGAAUGUGGGACUUUGACAUUUUCUUGUUUGAUCGCUUGACAAAUGGAAACAGCCUAGUAACACUGCUGUGCCAUCUCUUCAACACCCAUGGACUCAUUCACCAUUUCAAGCUGGAUAUGGUGACCUUGCACAGGUUUUUAGUCAUGGUGCAAGAAGAUUACCAUGGCCAAAACCCUUAUCACAAUGCUGUUCAUGCUGCCGAUGUCACCCAGGCCAUGCAUUGCUACCUGAAGGAGCCAAAGCUGGCCAGCUUCCUCACACCCCUGGACAUCAUGCUGGGACUACUGGCUGCAGCAGCACACGAUGUUGACCACCCAGGAGUGAACCAGCCAUUUUUGAUCAAAACGAACCACCACCUAGCCAACCUGUAUCAGAAUAUGUCUGUGCUGGAGAAUCACCACUGGCGAUCUACAAUUGGCAUGCUCCGAGAAUCAAGGCUUCUCGCUCACUUGCCAAAGGAAAUGACACAGGAUAUUGAACAGCAGCUGGGCUCCCUGAUUUUGGCAACAGACAUCAACAGGCAGAAUGAAUUUUUGACCCGAUUGAAAACUCACCUCCACAACAAAGACUUAAGACUGGUGGAUGCACAGGACAGACACUUCAUGCUUCAGAUCGCCUUGAAGUGUGCUGACAUUUGCAAUCCUUGUAGAAUCUGGGAGAUGAGCAAGCAAUGGAGUGAAAGGGUCUGUGAAGAAUUCUACAGACAAGGUGACCUUGAACAAAAAUUUGAACUGGAAAUCAGUCCUCUUUGUAAUCAACAGAAAGAUUCAAUCCCUAGUAUACAAAUUGGUUUCAUGACCUACAUCGUGGAGCCUCUCUUCCGGGAGUGGGCCCGCUUCACCGGAAACAGCAGCCUGUCGGAGAGCAUGCUAAGCCAUCUCGCACACAACAAAGCCCAGUGGAAGAGCCUGCUGUCCGAGCAGCACAGGCGCAAGGGCAGUGUCACUGGCGCGGAACUCGACGGCCCCGGGACUGAGAGUGAGGAGCAGACUGUGGCCGAAGGCGACGCACUGUAGCGCCCUGCUCGGCGACACUGGAUCUCCUUGAGGGAGGCCUCCAUGCCCGAGGGGCCUCUUGCCAGCAGCCGGCGCUCCUGGGUUUCAUCCCGGGCUCUUUUGAACGCCACCCUCCUCCCACUUACCUGACUCCCCUCCUUUUUCCAAGUGUACAGGAGCCAUUUGUCACCUCAGCACUUGCUGCUGAAAUGAACGACUCCAUUCAGUCACGUGGGAGCUGAUUCCAGGCAGGCUGCCCCCACCACCACCACCACCAAGGAGAGGACGGAUGGGAGUGAGAAAGAGGUGCUUCUGCCAUGUUCCCUCCGGCCCUGGGUCGCACUGUGACAGGCAGCAGCUCCUAGCUCCAAGGCGUUUGGGGGUUCGCCAUCUGACUGCUGAUCUGCAGGACAAAAACACCAGCAUAUUUGGAACUUCGAGGAUAUUGGUCUUAAGUGCAAGAGCACAAACAAGAGCGUGAAAGUACCUUCUAUUUUAAUAAUAAUUAUUAUUAUGAGAAUAAUAAUAGAUCUUUUUAACUUUUAUAUUUUAUGCACUAGACAAUGGAUCUAAAGCUUUGGACUAAGAUUAUUCGGUGUACCCAAACUUGAAUAGGGGGUUCAUUGUUUUGCUAUUGACUUCAUGCCACUUUGGGUCAGCGAUUUGGCAUCUUCUCAAUUUAAGAACCACGUUUCCUUCUGAUCAGGGGGGAAGGUGCUGUACAGUUCAUUCCUUUGCACCAUUAGCCAAUCUGUCUUUUAUGGAUUCAGUGACCUGUUUAUAUUCACAAAUGUACAUUUUCUGUAAAUACCAAGCGCUACUGAUUCCCAUGCCAAAAUACAUGAGUAUUAUGGGAUUGCUACCUGUAUAAACAAUGGCACUGUGAACAGAAUACUGUUAGUUUUAAUACAAGAGAAUGCAUUUGUAAAUAUGGUAUAGAGUUUAUUAAUAUACUAUUGUUUGCAGAUAAAGGCCUUAACUUUAAACGUCUUUCGUCUUCUGAAAGCUGCCCAACUUAAAUCCUCACAGAUGUCUUUCUGAACUGCCUGCCCAAGUCCAUCAUUUCGCUUUCCAGCUAAGAUCACAAAGCAAAACUGAAAAAAGCACCGAGGAAACGUUUUCACGGAAACUCCACAUGCAUUCCGCUUGAGACCAUAGGGUUUAAUCUAUGGCACCAAGCAUCGUUUCCUCAGAUUAAUGAGACCUUUCAGCAAGCCUGAAGUCACUUUUUCAACACAGUGAUGUUGCACACUCUGUUUUAACAAGCCAGCUGAUAAGCUAGUGUUUAUGUGACUUGUUAUGGAACACAGUGGUGCACCAGCCUCACAGGAGACAUAGCAGGUCCUGGAAACCUCUUAUGACCCUGUCAUCCAAUCAUCAGGGAUUUCUCUGCUCCCAUCCCACAUAUUUUGUCUGUUGUGGCUACAGCACCAAAGUAUCUUUGGUUUAUGGUUGGCGUGUGUUUCCCUGGUGUUAAUAGUAACUGGAUUUUUCUUUUUCCUUAAUUUCAUGUAAACAAAUACCCCACUGUUUAGCUGAAGUUAACAUUAUUUAAGUAAAGAAACUAUUUCAGUUUUAUGACAGAUGUUACCCUCCUAGCAAGUCCUUGUGGCUAAUUAUGGCUGGAUCUAGCAGAGACACUUUGGAAUUUUGUUGCCCUUUCUCUCUGAAGACACUUGGCUGCAAAAUCCAAUUUGUUACAGCAUUUUUCCCUAGUCUGCUAAACUCUGUGUGUGUGUGUUGAAUCUUUUCCUUAGAAGUUCUAGCACAACUAAUGCUCAAUGAAAAUUAUUGAUGCCCAUUUCUCUUUACCUUAAACAAUGUGGUAGUGGGAGAAUGACCAUUUCUGCCAUAAUCAAGCUCUUUCUCAAGCUUGUGGAAUAAUAGCCAGGUCUCAGUUCCUAAGUGCAAUGGGUUUGGGUUUGGUUUUUUUCUCUUUUUCUCCUAAGAUGCAAAUGAAAUAUUAGAAACUUGACUGGUCUGUAAUACGUUGCUAUAGAGAGACUGAGGCUUGUCAAGGUUAAGGUUUGGGGGAAUUUUGGAAAGUUGGUUUUAUUUUCAUUUAAAGAAAGUGAGAUUGUCAGGUGGUGUUGAUGAAAGUGCAAAGAUCUUAUGUAAUGAGUGGAUAUAAAUUAAAAUUAUUGAUACAGAUAAAGAGGGAAGUAGUGUAAACUUAGAAAACAUUAACUUUUGCUUUUUGUCAUGACUGUUAACUGACACAUUUCAUUAUCACUUAAAUAUUCUGAACCUCUCAUCUUGAUGUGGCCCCAAAAGAGAAUCUGUUGGAUAGAUUCCUGCUUCCAAAUCUUUCUUACUUGGUUAGAUGAUUCAGAGUGCUACAGAGUAGUCUUUUAAUGUAUAUGAGAUCAAAUCAGGGAAAGCGAUCGCUGGGAAUGUGAAAGUAGAUAGGAAAGAAGACAUUAUUUUAGUUCAUGGAACUUCUAGAUUGAGUUUAGGAGGUGGGAUUUUGUUUAAAUUAUAUUUAUAUCAUGACUUAAAGAAGAUAAAAAGUGGUCUGAAUAGCCUCAAGUUUAUAGGGCAAAAGUGUUCCUUUUUCUUUCUUUCUUUCUUUCUUUCUUUCUUUCUUUCUUUUUCUUUCUUUCUUU